UGCAAUUAUGCUAGCAAGGCUGUAGGAGCAUUGAACACUUCUUUCCCAUUUCUUUUGAUUUUUGUUGCCUCUCCAUGAAUUCCUGUCCUGUUUAGAGCUGUGUUUUUUUUUACUUUUAGUUUGUGGUGUGCAUGGUUCUGAGGAUAUUAGAAAAAACGUGCUGAAGGUUCUCUCUGAGGCAUGGCUAUUUUUGUUAGAAGCUGACACUUUAGACUGAGCUUUAAGUGUUGCCUCUGGAAGGCCUCGGGUUGUUCUGGGAGGCCAAGAUUCUGCAGAGGAAACAGACAUUUCAGGGAGCAUAAAAGAAGAAGGAGCACAAUUAGAAAAAGCAGAGGACCUCCCUCCUUCUCAUUCUGCAACUCCUGCGAGAGUCAGUAACCCAGAAGUACUAUCUAAGCUGCCGCAGUAAAUCUUGACCUUUUAAACAGAGUAUCUUUUACCAUCAUCAUGGCUGAGAUAACAGCAGAAGGACACAUGUCAACAACCACGACGAUAAUAGAUGGUAAGAACGGAUCUGUUCCUUCGUCAUCCAUGAAAGUGGGCAAGAAAUCAGUGACAGAAGACCUCGUGACAACGUUCAGCUCACCAGCAGCAUGGCUUCUUGUUGUUGCUCUGAUUGUUACCUGGUCAGCAGUAGCUAUUGUAAUGUUUGACUUGGUGGAUUACAAAGACUUAGCAGGUAUAGCCACCUAUUCACAACAUUGCGAUGAUCCCUGUUUCCCACCUGGAAGAUCUGUUCACAAGCUCAGCACAGAACCACUGAGAAUCAUUCAUGAGACACUGGAAGAGUCUUCUGAUUGGAUUUAUGGCUUUUUUUCUUUACUGUCUGACAUCGUAUGGAGUGAUGAUGAUGACAGUGAUGAAGGUGAAGUGGAACCUUCCCUGAAAAAAGAAAUUCAAAAACAGAAGACAGAGAAACCUGAAAAACGAACACCAACGAAGGCAGCACACAGAGACAAACCUGAAAAACAAGAAAAAAUUGAGAGGAAGGAACCCCCAAAGGUGACAAGUAAAGACAAACUGGAAAGACAAGAAAAACCUGAAAAAAAGGAAAGGAAUGCAGCUGUUCACAAAGAGAAACCUGAAAAGCCAGAAAAACAAGAAAAGAAAGCACUGUCUAAAGUAACUCAAAAAGAUGCACCUGAAAGACAUGAAAAAGCUGAAAAGAAACCUCCUCCCAAAGAGGAGAAGAAAGUAAAGAGCACUAAAGUGGAAGCAAAAGUUAAAAAGGAAGUGAAGGAUGGAAAAGGAGAAGCAAAGACAGCAGAGAAGGUGAAGCAGGCAGAGACAAAAACAACAGAAACUGGGCUAAUAAAGGCCAAAACGAAAGUUAAGGAGGAGAAAGCUCUUCAGACUGUAACUAAAUCGGACAAGAAAGAUCAAUAUGCAUUCUGUCGCUAUGUGAUUGACAUGUUUGCGCAAGGGGAUUUUGAUCCAGGUGCAGGACAUAAGGAAUUCGUACCACCUCGUCUUCUUCUAGAACACAGUCCAAGAAAGAAACCAGCAGCCAUUGAAGAAGAAAAGUCUACUGUGGAACCUAGAGAAGUGAAAAAGAAAAAAGAGGAGAAGAAAAAGAGUGAUGAAAAGAAGACUACAACUGAAACUAAGAUGAAAGAAAAAACAGGAAAAAAGGAGAAAGCUCAUGAGAAGACAGCUGUCCCUGAAAUUAAAAAAACAGAUAAAAAAGAAGCUGCUGUAUCCAAAGAACCUAAAAAGCCAGCAAAAGCUCCUGCAGCUAACCCAGCCAUCAAAAAAGCAGCAGCACCAGGCAAAACAACAAAGAAAGAAGCAAAAGUACAUGCAUCUGUGGAAACUCCAAAGUCAAAAGGUGAGUAA